UAAUUGCAUCACGACAAAACAGCAUUUCCCAUCAGAUUUGUUGUGGCACUUCGUGUCAUGUAUCACACAAGAAUUACUGCAUGUUUAAGGAUGGCUUGGCUGUGCAGAACAGAGAGCGGUUUGCUAGAAGAGCUGAAGAGAGAACAUCAUGGGGCGAAAGAAAAUACAGAUCUCCCGUAUUCUUGACCAGCGAAAUCGCCAGGUGACGUUCACCAAGCGCAAGUUCGGCCUGAUGAAAAAAGCCUAUGAGCUGAGUGUGCUGUGCGACUGCGAGAUCGCCCUCAUCAUCUUCAACAGCACCAACCGUCUGUUCCAGUACGCCAGCACCGACAUGGACAAAGUUCUGCUCAAGUACACCGAGUACAGCGAGCCGCACGAGAGCCGCACCAACACCGACAUACUGGAGACCUUGCGUAGGAAAGGGCUGGGCCUGGAAGGAGCUGAAAUCGAUCAUGAGGACGGCAUGCAGGCGGGAGCAGAGAAGUGUCUGAUGAACGAGGGCAUGGACCUCUCCAUCGCUCGACAGCGUUACUACGCUCCGUCUCUCCUUCCCUCUGAGGCUCAGCUGCUGAUGGGCGUCGGGUGUGAGAACGGUUACCCGAGCGCCUCAAACCCCAGCCUGACCCCAAACCGCCCUCCGUCCUUCAAACCGCUCAGCUCCAGACCUGGCUCUACCGGCCCCGCCGGCCACAACACGCACACUGCACUCAUGGGCCCGCAUGCAGGCAUUGGCUACCCGAUGUUCUCCCACGGCAACCUGAGCAGAGCUCUGGAGAUGAAGACUCCACCCCCGCUGGGCCUGGCCAGCGACGGCCGGCGUGUGGAGACACACCCGGGUCUGACCGGAGCCCGCAGCAAUCUGAGCAAUGCUAGAGCGCUGUAUCAGAGUAUAAAUCCUGGAGGCCACAUGGUGGCCAUGGGGAAGGCCGGCUUGCUUGGACACAACCUAGGGAAUUAUGGGGCCUCAGAUUACUGCCACCCGGGGUACACAAUGGGUUUUCAGCGCGGCUCAGUAAACACCUGGCAACCUCACAGCCACCAGGAGCCGCAACAAUCAGGGAUGUCGUCAGGCGCUGGCUGCUCUUAUCCCUCCCAUAGCUCCUCCCCCUCCUCCCCACCUCACUCCUCUCUCAACCUGAGCAUCAAAUCAGAGCGGCACUCUCCCGAACACAUCCGCUCCCCAGCCACGCCCCCCAGCCAUCAGAUACCACAGCACUCACCAAUGGGGGACCGUGAUGCCCCUCCGGAACCGUAUACGGCUAUGGACAGGGAGGACUUUCAGAAAGGGAGCUACACGGCCCAGCCCAGAACAGCCCACGGCUCUGUGGAGGAGAAGCAGCUGGACAUGAGUGAUGAGUGGCAGAGAUAACUGACGGCCCUGAAUCCCUAUUCACACAGCUCUGCAUACACUAGCCCAAAGUGGACCCGAAAUUCAGCUACUUUCAGUCACAGUACCUCUUAAAGUAACAGCCAAAAUCACUUCAGAAUGUUCUUCUUACUCCCAAUAUAGUCCAUCAGCCAAGACAAGACAUUAUAGUUAAUGAAAACUUACUGACCUGUUAGCAUCGUGCAAACUGAAUUUUAAAUAUACUUGCUUAUGAGGUUUCUGAGACGGUUUCAUAUACUCAAGAGCACGUCACAUAGCUGCCCAUAUGGGAAAAAUAUAUAGAUUUAUUAUAUGUUUUAUAUAUAGAUACAUAGAUAUAUUUUAAAUGCAUGUCAAAUACAUUGCAGUCCAUGCUGUAAUGCAUUCCAAACACUAGAAUGUAUUUCAGAAUAUAUUGCCAUAUUAACCAAAUAUAUUUUAAAAUACAUUUAUU